AUGCCUGGACCAGCUGCAGCUCUCCGACAUGAGAGACUGAGGAAGACCAAUUCAAGGCCAGUUCCCCUUGGUUUGUUCACCAUUAAUGAGGAAGAUGAACAGCAAAAGAAUGGACAUUCCAAAAGACCGAAAGCACCUGAGAGCAACAAAGUGCAAGAUAAGAAGCCCCCUGCCUCCACCCGUCCCACCUCUGCCAUUUCAGGACAGAAUAGCAGCCACUCAGGACAUAAACCAGACCCUCCACCUGUCCUACGAGUUGAUGACCGGCAGCGGCUGGCCCGAGAGCGACGUGAAGAACGGGAAAAGCAGCUAGCUGCAAGAGAAGUCAUCUGGUUAGAAAGGGAAGAGCGAGCCCGGCAGCACUACGAGAAGCUCCUGGAGGAGCGGAAGAAGAAGCUCGAGGAGCACAGGCUGAAGGAGGAGCGCAGGCGAGCUGCGGUGGAGGAGAAGCGGAGGCAGAGACUCGAGGAGGACAAAGAACGCCAUGAAGCUGUUGUGCGGCGUACAAUGGAGAGAAGCCAGAAGCCAAAACAGAAAUAUAACCGGUGGUCUUGGGGAGGCCCGCUCCACGGGAGCCCCAGCAUCCACAGUGCAGAUCCUGACAGGCGGUCAGUUUCCACCAUGAAUCUUUCGAAACAUGUUGAUCCCGUCAUUAGCAAGCGGCUCUCGUCUUCAUCUGCAACUUUACUAAAUUCUCCAGAUAGAGCUCGCCGCCUGCAGCUCAGCCCAUGGGAGAGCAGCGUUGUUAACAGACUCCUGACGCCCACACAUUCGUUCCUGGCCAGAAGUAAAAGCACAGCCGCCUUGUCUGGAGAUGCAGCAUCUUGCAGCCCCAUCAACAUCAUGCCCUACAAAGCUGCACACUCUAGAAAUCCGACGGAGCGACCCAAACUCUUUGUAACAGCACCUGAGGGCUCUUCACGCAGGAAGACCAUCCAUGGCACCAUGAGCUAUAAAAAAGAGAAAGAGAGAGAAAAUGUACCCUUCCACCUUACAUCUGGCCUCAGAAGGACUUUGUCUCCAUCUCAUCCCAAAGCAAGAUCACCAGCUUCCUCCCGACUUUGGCUACCAUCUAAAUCUUUUCCUCAUUUGCCUGGCACUCCCAGACCAGCCUCCACCUCGUCUCCCGGCUCAGUCAAAGCUACCCCUUCUCAGGCCCGGCCUCCAUCCCCUGGCAACAUCCGCCCUACCAAGAAAGAAGUCAGACUGGAACCUGAGAAAAAGGACCCGGAGAAAGAACUUCAGAAAGCUGCCAGUGAGCCAUUAGUAAAGGCUAGGACGCCCUUAGUGAAGGUUGAAGAGGCCACGGGUGAAGAAGGAGCGCCUGUCGAGCCAGAGGCAUCUCCUGCUGCUCCAGCCCCAGCCCCAACACCAGCUUCAGCUCCAGCCCCAGCCUCGGCCCCAGCCCCAGCCUCGGUCCCAGGUCCGUCAGCCCCUGUGACUGCCAGUCCUUCUACUAAGACCUCGGCAGGUACCACAGACCCGGAAGAGGCCACGAGGCUGUUGGCCGAGAAGAGGCGGCUGGCUCGAGAGCAGCGAGAGAAGGAAGAACGAGAGAGGAGGGAGAAAGAAGAGCUGGAAAGACAAAAAAGAGAGGAACUGGCUCAAAGGGUGGCUGAAGAGAGAAGCCGUCGGGAGGAAGAAGCCCGACGGCUGGAAGCGGAGCAGGCCCGGGAGAAGGAGGAGCAGCUGCGGAGACAAACGGAGGAGCGGGAGCAGGAGGAGAAGGCGCGCCUCCAGAAGCAGAAAGAAGAAGAAGCUCGCAUCCGUGAGGAAGCCGAAAGGGCCCGGCAGGAACGAGAGAAGCACUUCCAGAAAGAAGAGCAGGAGCGGCUGGAGAGGAAAAAGCGACUUGAGGAGAUUAUGAAAAGAACCAGGAGAACAGAAGCCACAGAUAAGAAAGCUCUUGACCAGAGAAAUGGAGACAUAGCCAAGGGAACCCUCACUGAAGAAACAGCAGUGUCUGCCCUUCCAUGCGUGACAAGCUUUCCAGGAAACGGAGAUCCAGUGGCCAGCCCACAUGCGGUUACCUCACCCCAGAUGAACGCGACCGUGGAAAGUACUCCCAAUUUGGAAAAACAACCAAAUGAAAAUGGAGUAUCCGUCCAGAAUGAGAAUUUUGAAGAAAUUAUAAAUUUACCGAUUGGAUCUAAACCAUCCAGAUUAGAUGUCACCAGCAGUGAGACCCCAGAAAUUCCUUUGAACCCAAUUUUGGCCUUUGAGGAUGAAGGAAAGCUUGGGCCUCUGCCUCAGGUAGAUAGUGUUCAGACGCAGCAGACAGCAGAACAGAAACUGCCCAAGAAGGGCCUCGGCCGGGGUGAUGACUGGAUUGCCACCUGUCUGGUACCUGAAGACCAGAGUCACCUGGUUCAGGGGGAUCAGCAGGAUGCUACUACAUUAAGGGGCGCUUCUAUUGAUUUAAUCUGA